CCUCUCUCGUCGAUCGCGAGCAGACGUGCACCGAGCGUACUCCCGCGUUGACGCAGUGUACGGGCGUCGCGCAGCCACCACCGCGUAUUGCGAGGCGUGUUGCCUAGGUAGUAACCUCCCGUGUUCUUUGCGAUUUCGUUCUUAACGGCGAUCGUGCGAAGCUUCGUUUGUGCGAAACGUGCUCUUCGUUUCUGACAUCGCCCUCAGGAACGUUGCGGCGAACGUGAAAGGAAAAUUGACAGGAGUCGUCGCCGAGCUCUUUAAAAGAACCAGCUGAAAGGAUCGUCCGUGCGGAUUGUCAUCGCCUAAGGAGAUCCCACCGGACCACUACGGAUCUUCGGAUGUGUGACGCCUAACUGAGUGUGCCUGGAACCAAACCUUGUCCUCGCCGUCACCCGAUCCGUUUAUAUUUCUUCCCGCCGUGAACAUCGUGGUCGUCGUGGUGGCUUCAGUCCACCGCGCUUACGGAUAAUGGAAUGGCGACCCGGUUACAUCGCAUGAGCUUUUCGCCGGCAGAAAACCUGGGGUCCCAUCAUACUAUGGAAAUAACUCCUCCAUACAGCAACCUUCAAAGAAAAGACCAGCAUGGCGUGAUGGGCUUCCUGGGUGGGCUUCCCUCGCUGCCAGGUGGCUCCCAGCCGUUGCACCAGCCACAGCCGCAGCACCCACUGGCUGCCGCCGCCACUGUGCAGCCGGGAUCGACAGGGGACAUGCAGCAGCAGCAGGAGCACUUGCAGUUCCAGCAACAGCUCCUGCAACUCAAACAGGAGCAGCAGGUGCAACAACAGUUGUUGCUUCAGCACUACCAGCGGCAGCAGCAGCAGCUAGCCCAGCAGCAUGAGAAGCAGCUGCAGGAGCGAAUCAAAGAGUACCUCGAGCACCAGCGGCAGAUCCAGGAAGAGCACAAGCUGGAACGCGAGCGCAUCGAGAAGGAUCGCCAGCUAGACCAGAUUCGCAAGAAGGACAAGCAUGAACAAAGUGCCGUGGCAUCUUCUGAAGUGAAGCAAAGGCUACAGGAGUUCGUCUUGAACAAGAAGCAACGGGAAGCAGCAGCUAACAAUGCCAACACAUCACCACCAAAUUUUAGAAACUGGUCCAGGCAGCGUUCUUCUCUGGAUCAAGCUUCGCCUCCUUCAACAAGCGCUGUUUCGCCUCAGUGCAGACAUCUGCUUCUGGGGAAGUACGACGACGAUUUCCCACUCCGGAAAACUGCGUCGGAACCAAACCUUAAGGUGCGCUCUGCGCUGAAGCAAAAAGUAAUUGAGAGGCGCAGCAGCCCGCUUCUGAGGCGCAAGGACAAAGGGCCCAUUCCUUUGAAGCGGCGGCCGCUUACAAUUGAUGGCAGUGGAAGCAAACCUGACUCGUCAGAAGGUUCCCCGCCGAACGGUUCGCUGUCCCUGCACUCUUCUCUGCAUUCCAGUAACGGUAGCACACCCAUUCAGGAGGAGCCUGGCACUUCUCCAUACCACCCCAUGAACCAGGGUGGCAGCAGUGAUCUCGCACUCUACUCAUCACCCUCCAUGCCCAACAUCUCCUUGGGGCGCCCCCCUGUGGCCACCAGCUCAGCUGAUGGGAAAAUCCUCAACUCAGUCUCCGAGGCCCAAGUUCGCGCCAUGGCAGCUGCACGUCUUGGGAUGCCACUCACAUCACAUGUGUUGCACUCAUCAUUGCCUUUCUGCUCACCAUUGCCAGUAAUAGAUGGGGAGUUCACCCCUCCAACCAGUCCUGGCUACAUACAGCAGCAGAUGAAAGGCCUGGAACAGUCACCUGGAGCUCCUGGACAUGUGCUGCAAGUUAUGUACGCACCACCUCCAGGCGCCGUCAUCACUGAUGCUCAGGUGGCACAAGCACGCCUCCACAGGACCAUACAUCGUCCUCUGGGCAGGACCCAGUCAGCACCUCUACCCCUUGGACAUCCUAUGCUGCAGCCUCAGAAUGUGCUGCUCAACGCACAACUCUUCGAGCAGCAGCAACAACACAACUUGCUCAAGCAGCAUAUUCGGCAGACAGUGCUGACUCGGGCGGGCAGCAAGAGCCAGGUGGUGGAGCACGUGGAGGAAGAGACGGAGGCCGCUGUCGCGCAAGAAAUGAAAGACCAGCCGGAGGUCAUCGACCUCACUGACUCGCGCAAGGGAUCAUCUGCGUCGUCCACCUCAGCAGCGGAAGGUGCACCGCCUCCUCCCACCUCUGCCACCACCCUGCUGCAGCUUCAGCAGCGACAGAGGGACCUCAUCAACCGGCACUCGCUCCAUCUCGGCGCUGGAAUGGAAGGCUCUGCAUUUACGCGGCACCAGCACGGUGCACGUCCAUUGUCCCGUGCCCUGUCAAGUCCACUGGUGAGCCUGAGCCCUCCGGGUGGAAGCAGCAGCCCCCAGCACCAGUCAGAAUUGGGCAGCCCCCCUCCACCACACGGGAGCCCCCCACACCGGAUGACCACAGCGUUGGCCUACGACAGCCUCAUGCUGAAACACCAGUGCAUCUGUGGCGACUACUCCAGCCACCCAGAGCACGGUGGCAGGCUGCAGAGCAUCUGGGCACGUCUGCAGGAAACAGGACUGGUGGCUCGCUGCGAGAGGAUCCGGUCACGGAAAGCCACUUUAGAGGAGAUACAGUCGUGUCACGAUGAGGGCUACGCCUUCAUGUUUGGCACUAAUCCGCUGAACAGGCAGAAACUGGAGAUGAGCAAACUAGAGCUUCCCAUCAAGAGCUUUGUGAUGCUACCAUGUGGAGGCAUUGGCGUGGACUCUGACACCACCUGGAAUGAGCUUCACACGGCAAGCGCAGCGCGUAUGGCUGCUGGCUGUGUUGUCGAUCUUGCUCUCAAGGUGGCCAUGGGUGAAGCCAAGAACGGUUUUGCUGUGGUUCGCCCUCCUGGUCACCAUGCAGAGUUCAAACAAGCGAUGGGAUUCUGUUUCUUCAAUUCCGUGGCAAUUGCUGCUAAGCAGCUUCGGCAAAAGCUCAAGAUGGAGAAGAUCCUCGUGGUGGACUGGGAUGUCCACCACGGGAACGGUCUGCAACAGAUCUUUUAUGAUGACCCGCAUGUGUUGUACAUCUCCCUUCAUCGACACGAUGAUGGCAAUUUCUUUCCCGGCACCGGUGAUCCUCAGGAGGUCGGCAUUGAUGAUGGCACAGGCUUCAACAUCAACAUUGCCUGGUCUGGUGCAUUAAACCCACCAAUGGGCGACGCUGAGUACAUUGCAGCUUUUCGGACCAUUGUGAUGCCCAUAGCUCGAGACUUUGACCCGGAAAUUGUCCUGGUUGCUGCAGGCUUUGAUGCAGCUGCUGGCCACCCACCGCCACUUGGCGGAUACCAGAUAUCACCAGCCUGUUUUGCCUACAUGACGAAGCAGCUGAUGACAUUGGCCAAAGGCAAAGUGGUGCUCGCUCUAGAAGGAGGGUAUGACCUGCCAUCCAUCUGUGACUGCUCUCAAGAGUGCGUCGCAGCACUGCUCGGAGAUGAAUGCACACCCCUGCGCGAAGAGGAGGUCACCAGGCAGCCUUGUGCAGCUGCAGUUCAGCUGCUGCAGAAAACUGCCGCCAUUCAAGCACCACACUGGCCGUGCGUGAAGAAGUGGGCACCAACCAUGGGUUCCUCUCUUCUCGAGGCUCAGCAGAAGGAGAAGGAAGAAGUGGAGACAGUCACUGCCCUGGCCUCCCUCUCCAUGGCUGCUGCACAGAUGCAGGGUCCAAAGUCCGAGCCACCUCAGGAGGAUGAACCAAUGGAAGAGGACCAAGAUAAGUGAUCAGUUGGUGGUGCACACGGCAGCAACACUGCGGAUAAACCAGUGAGAAAUUUUCAACUGGACUGGUGCAGACUGCUAAGGACUCCUGCCCAAAUGAGCCAAGGAACACAAGUUCACACUGGAUGCAUCAACAAACAGAAAGCAGGGAGGCAGCAUUGUCAUGGCAACGUGCAUGCAGCGCCUUUCAUCACUUCUGAGGAUCACAUGUUGUGCCACGGUUUGCGUGAAGUCUGACGGUCAAGCGGGUCAAGAACCAGGGGCACCCAACAAACAUUUGGAUUGACAUACUCGUGUCAUCCCGUCAUCCUGAGUUGAUCUGUUGCCCAUCGUUGGAUCAUAAUUUUUCAAUGCUGUUGCUGGUUAAGGAGUGUCUUGUCUGCCAGUCAUAAUGUUGCAGCUCGUUUUGGAGGAAGCACAUUUGAUGUCAUUUUGAUAUUUAAGGCAUAACGUGAUUGCACUUGGGGGUUCCUACCAACAGGUUCAGAUGUUUUCUCAGCAAGUUGUAGAACAUUGUGCUGAAGGGAAACAUCAGUGUUUAAGGCCGAACCUCUCACUUUGGAAAGUGAUGCACUGUUUUCCACCUGUUACAUACCAAGUAUUAUGGCUGCUGUCAUUUUUAAUGCUUCCUACUUGCUGAUUUGUGUCGACUGGCAGUUGUGUGUCUUGAGUUACACAGAUUCAAGGCAAUGUGCUCUUGUUGCUGCACAUCAUGUUAACUCCCAACUGCUCUAUUUCUGCCACUUGCACUGCUAUGACCAGAAUGAUGCUACGAAUAUUUGCUGAGCAUCACCUCAAAAAUGACAGUGUAGGCUGUUAGGCUACAGCUGUCGAGUUAAAAGAUCGUUCACGUCUCUUAUUGUCAUACCUGUCUUUUAAAAAGUACAUGGUCGCUUCAUGCAGUGUCAUGUACAUUUUCUAGCACCAUUCACACCGGGUUCAAUAGUUCUAACCGUGCACUAACUAAGUCUUUAAACAAGGAUGAUAGUGACAUUGAGCUUGCGUUGAGAUUGCGAUGUAUCACCUUAUGCCCUCAAAUGGCCCCAACAUUACACAACAAAGUUUGCAGGCUUCCUUGCAUUUUCUGAGAAGGAAACGAGUUUGCAAUCCAAAGAAAUGUGCUAGUUAGUUAGAGCAUUCUGGUGGAAUGCAUUGCACACGGACUCUAAUGGUCACGACAACAUUGAGAAGGGAAAUAAAUGGGAGCAUUGUAGGAUGUGGCAGUGGGCUAUGUUGUGUGCGACUUUGUGAGGAUUAUUGCGAUGUACAACUGCACUUUGUAUACGCACAAAUGUACACGCCCUGUCUGCUGCACCAACUCAGUACAGCAUCAAGUAGAGAAACAACUAGCUGCUCUUUUUCCUUGAAAGGAAGGAAAGAAGAAAAGGAUGAGAAAGAAUCACUUACAACCAUUGCAGCCAUUUUUACGGAAACGAGUGAGUGGGGAGUACUAGUUCGUCACCAUAGUGAUUAAACAAACGUGUUUUUACACUGCUGCAGUGGUCUUAUUAUGCCACUGUUCUGGGCAUUACAUACUACAGUCUUUUGGAUGUACUAAGUUCUUGUGAGCUUUAUGACGAUUUUAAAACAAUGCUAGUCAGGACCUCGCCAGUAUCGCAUCUGCGGGGGACACAUGCUAAGUGUUUUUACAGCAGCAGCCGAAAGCAAAGUGCCCGCCUGUUCGUCACUGUCUUUCGCUACCCAUAGCUGCGCGUAGUAGCCUUUGGUACACUGCUGUGGUAGACGUUGAAAGGCAAGUUUUCUUGGAACUGUUGAUGGGAGGUAGCAGGUGGCUUUAGGCUUUCUAGGGCCUUUGAAUGGGGUGCAGCCCGCCAGUGCUUAUGCUCUUGGCACUGGCAUGAGUAGUGGGUGCCUAUCAGUCAUACAUGGAAUGAGCUGAUAGGUGAAUUUCUACACUCGUUUGCCUUGCACACUGCAUUUCAUAUUUCUUGCUGUUGCAUUAUAUGAACAACCAGAACAAAACUUCAUUGGUUUGUGGUUCCCUGACCUACAACUUUCUAGGCCACAGUCUGGUUUUUUUUUGUUACCUGCACAUACACAUGCCUGCACACAGGACACACAUCACACAAACACACACAAACAAUGCAAACACAGUUGCGUAUGUGCAGCACAUUUCAGUUAUGAUCUGUUGUCGAGCUAAAGAAUAAAGGAUUCAGAAAAGUGAAAAUUGGUCAGACCAGUGCUGGCCUUGCUUGCUUGAAAGGGCACUGAUAGUGCCCGCGCCAUUCAUUGUGUAAAUAUGUUCAUACGAAACACGCUGAAGAGACUAGUGCGAGAGGAGUGCAUAUGCACUGAUUUGAAAACUGCUUGGUAACAUCACAGGAAGAACAAUUGCUACAGACAGGGGCUCGCGUCUCGUUCUUCAGCUGCGGUUUGCCAAGUGAUUUAAGUUCCUUAUAAAACUGGCGUGCUUUGUGAUGUACAAUAUACUUGCCGUGCUAGUUAAAGUUCCCAUUAAUGUCCUUAUGUUUUCCUUUUUAUCUUCAUUUUUCUUUUCAUGCAUUGUAUUUUUUGACUGUUGAAUGUUAGCGUUUUCCCAAGCUGUGAAACCUGAUGUGAAGUUCGUGUAUAUCUGUUUCUUAUCUGUCUGUAUGUGUGCAUGUGUCAACAUAUACAUAUAUAUAUAUAUAUAAUGUAUGAGUUUCACGCAUUGUUAAAAACACACAGCUAGACAGGAUAUGGCAAUGUUUGUGACCAAGGUUCUGCUCUGGUCUGCAGAUGGUUGCUUUUCCUGUGUUGCUCUCUCUGGCAUUUCGCUCAUGACUUCAUUUCUGGUUGCAGUCUUGUGCACAUUCGAAAGCCGCUUCGCUUGUCCAUUGAUCAUUUUUAUUUGUAUAUACACAAGUUGUUUUAAGGAUGUUCAUUUAUUCUUGUAUACUUUCUUUUCACCCAACUUCGUCACUCAUUUGUCGUAUCAUGCCACCACUAUCUGUUCCCCUCCCCUUCCGCUCCACACCUGAGAAUCACUGACGAUAAUAUAUAUAUAUAUAGAUAUAUAUAUAUUACACGUUGCAGCGCCAUAUAGUAUAUCUUUGUACAGUGCUGAUUUUACUCCGUCUUGAGAAACCUCAUUUCAAGGUCAAAACAAAGUACACUGCAUAACCCAUUGUUGGCUGAGCGCUUAAUUAAGGAACAACAUGCUCUGUUUUGUGAAGUUCGAACCCAUAGUCAGUUCGAGGGCUCUCAGAAAAUCGUAAAAGAGAAAAAGAAUGUUGCUGAAAUUUGGCUGUGUGUCAAAAGUGCCUAGCACAAAGUCAUAAGCAUGUAAGUAUAUUGGUAACAUUAGUAUUGAUUUUUUUUUUUAUAAAUGACCAGGUCGUAAUGUAUCAUGUGAAAAGAUUAAAAAAAACUGAGGCUGGGAUAUAUGUGUGUUGCAUUAGUUUGGCAUGGAAGUUAAGUCAUCUGUAUUGGCAUUUUUCCAGAGUGCAUCUAAAUACCUUUUUUGUUCAUGUUGAAGGGACACUCAAGGCAAACACUAAGCCUAGAUGAACUGAGAAUAAUGAUAUCCAAUAAUGUCCAAGUCACUUCAAUACAGAGAAAAGAAUUCUUAUACGUAAUGGAAAAAACAAAAUGUGACUUUCAUAUGGCAGAGGAUUAACGACACCACUGGGAGGAUUCAGAACCAGCUCUUGACGCCUUCAUUAGAACUUGUUGUGAGUAUAAAGCUCAGUGAAGCCAAUAUUAAGCAAUUUUCCCUUGAAAAACCUUGCUGGUUCUGUCAAGCAUACUGCUCUGUCGACAAUUUUGCAAGAGUUUGUCAAACACCUCUAAGCAUCCUUCUCAUUCUAAGCAUCCAAGGAUAAUAAUGUAUGAAGAUUCUGUGCUGUGCGUUGGUAUGUCAGUAACAUAUUAAUACCCGUUUUCUCAGGCAAUCUCCUGUCUAAGAUAUGUGCUGUUUUCAUUGGAAAAUUGUCUAAGAGUAUGCCACCUCUUUACAAAGAACAAAGGCUAGGUGAUUUUGAGGACUGCCUGCUACCACUGUAGGAUUAAGCUAAUGUUUACCUUUAGUGUUCCUUUAAUGAAAGACACUUAUGUUCCUGCUUACCAGCUUGCUCGCUUUUUUAACCAAUCUGGUGCACACAAGAACAGGUAAAAAGACUGGCUUCUUUUGCCUUGUUUUAUUUGUAAUACAUGCACUGAAGUUAAUGUGUCGAAGACUUUCAUGUUAGUUAAGCUUUAAGCACCUCACAGCAGCAGGAUGCUCUCUCUUUUAAUUGACCAUUUGCAAAAAUCUGCAAGGCGGCUUUCCUGCAAGGUUGUUUUCCAACCAAAAACUCUCAAACCCCGACUGCUUUUCUCGCUCAUUCUGUUUUUGCUUCUCUACCCGCUCCCCCCUCCCCCUUUUUUUUUCUUACGAACGACGGCUGCCUUGUCCACCUAGCGAAGGCUGAGGGUUCGUACGAGGCGGCCCCACAGUAAUAGUUGGGGAAAGAGGUCGUUUUGUCGUACUCGCGUGCCUUCACUGGAAUUGGGAGCGGUAAAAGUACAAUGAGCGAGAAAACCAGUCUGGGACGGAGAGUUUUUGGUUGGAAAACAACCUUGCAGUAAAGCCGCCUUGCAGAUUUUUGCAAAUGGUCCAUUGCUUCACUUUCUUUUACUGUUUUGCCCAUGUGCCCACUCAUGCAAAACCUUUUCCUUUUUUUUUUAAUCCAUAAGCAGCAGUUUUGACCAAUGCUGAAACACACAAUGAUCAAUCUAGUCAAUAAACUGAGCAUGUCUGAGAUGCCCUCUUUUGUUGGACUUUUAAUACCGAGGUUCCUUCGUGCUUUUGUUUUCAGACGUUGCGAUAAUACGUUAAUGAAGUGCUGGUUUUUCCUUGAGAACAUUGCUGCAGUUAGCAGUGACACACUUGCUGUGCAUGUUGGCAUGCAUCAAAAAGUGCUGGGUCAAGGCUAGUCAUGGUUAGUCAGAGGUGGCUAACGUGACAUGUUUCGUUCUUUGUUUCUUUGUUUGACCCGUCUUGUUACGCAAGCUUGUAUAUUGUAUGUUGCAGAGGAUAUAUGCGAUAACUUAAGCUGUACAGUCAUAGAGAUGUUUGCGUUUUCUUUGAAUUAUAUUAUUGCGCUAUUUCAUUACAAAGUGAAGACACGAUAAAUAGAAGCAUAUAUUUUUUGCCACGUGUAUGUACACUAUGUGCCAUUGUAAAGUGUGUUAUAUUAUUAUGAAGGCUGAGAAUAUGUAUUUGUACUAUCUCCCUUGUUUUUUUUUUGUCUUUU